AAUUUAGGAAAUACAUUUGUAAUUUUGGGGGGAAUUUGCUGUAUUUGAAUUUUUUUAAAUCUUUUGUAUUUUAAUGGAAGUUUAUCGGUACAUUUCAGGGAACUUCAUUUGGGAUUUUUGGUGAGGGAUUUCUUUUUUUUGUUUUGUUUUUUAGGUAUUUUCAUGGAAUUUUAGGAAAUAUAUGUACUUUUUUGGGGGGGAAUUUGUCUUGAAUUUUGGGUAAUGGCAUGUGUUAAUAUUUGGGAAUAUAGUGUAAUUUUUUUUGGGGGGGGGGGUUUGUGGGAAAAUGUUGAGGAAAUAUUUUUGGAAUAUUUUGGCUUGAUGAUGAAAUUUCAGUGAAAUGUUUGGGGAUUAGUUCAAGAAACGUUGGGACACUUUUAAGGCGUAAAUGUUUAAGACUUUCACAGAAGUUUUAGGGAACUUGUGUGAAAUUUAAAGUUCAUAAAUGGCUGAGGAGUCCAGACCUGUCAGUGGAAAUGUUCUUCCUGCGGCGGCUGCAGGAGGGGCCGCCUCCAUGUUAAAGAACAUGGAUCUGGUAUCACAGUCCCUGUCGGUGGAAUGGGCAGGCGGCCGAAUACUUUUGUCCACACAGCCUGUUAUAUUUAAUCUUUACGGUGUGUGGUUAAAAAUAAAAUGCGUGUGAAUGCAUCUGUGUUUGUCUGGGGUUAAAGGUCGAGCUGACUCUCUCUCUUCCUGGUAUCCAUGGCGACAGAGCCAUUAAAAACAUGUCAAUAAUUAAUGUGGACUUUUGAGUCCAGUGUGUGUUUUGCAUGAAGUUUUCUCCUAAAGCAAACACUCAGAGAGAGAGAGAGAGAGUGUGGUAGAACGAGAGACUUUGGCCCUGCAGCAGGAAGUCCCUGUCAUCGCGGCCGCCGUCUCCGUGGUCGCCCCCGUGGUUUUGGAGCUUCCAGGCCGGUCAGGGAACCAGAGUCGGGGACGCCAGCAGCAGACCAGUGAUGUUUCCUCUGAGGACGCCGAUCACUCGAGCGGACUGAGGAACACCUGAGCACAGCUCGUCCCUCUGCAGACAUCAUGGACUCUUCAUCAUCAUCAUCAUCGUCGUCUACCUCAGCUGCGGCAGAGACUCCGCCCCCCUCCUCCUCUUCCUCUCCUCCUCCUCGCCUGUCUCUGCAGAGUCCUCAGCUGCAGACCGAGUUCUUCCAAGAGUGUCGGAGAAGAUUUCAGCUUCACAGCGACGUCAGCGAACCCGGAGAGACGCAGACCCCCUCCUCACCUCUGCCCUCCCCCUUCAGCCCCUCUCCCGCCUCCUCCCCCGGCGGCUCCUCGUCCUCUUCUCCGUGCUUGGACAGCAGACCAGUGCGUCUGUCCCUGUCCAGUCCUGAGCUGCUGUCAGAGCUGAAGGACUCCAGGUCUCGGACCCUCAGACACGUCUCCACACACAACGGCCUGACCACAGUCUUCUCAGGGCGAGGGCGAGGAGGACAGGUGUCUGGCUCCGCCCCCUCUACUCCAAAAACCAAUCAGAGGACUUCAAACUGAGCUACGAUCAGUACCAGACUAUGGACUAGGGUCUGAUGGGGAUGGUUUUACUGGAUCAUCGGGGUCACGUCUCUCUCCGUCACUAAAACACCGAAUCCUGUCACCUUUCUGCUCCUUCGCUCAAAAACGCCUCCUGAUGACCACGAAGACUUAGAAUCACCUCUGAGUGUGGUUUUAGUGAAGCACAGCUCUUUCUGUUCAGCUGAAAUCUCGUGAUGUCCCUCACUCACGGCUCAAACCAGCGGACUUCUUUUAUCCACUGAUUUUAAUGAUGAUUGUACGAAGUAAAGAAGUCCUGUAAAGAAAUAAAACUGUUGAAAACGC